AUGUCAAACCCACCUCUCACCACUUCCCAACUUUUCAACCCCCACUCUGCUGCCUCGUCCAGUUUCUCAACCAUUACCACCACCACUCCAAUCUCCAAUUCCCCUCUGCAUGGUUGCAACAACACCUUCACUCCACCAUACUCGUUCACCCCUUCUGGCAAUUUCCCACAACUUUUUAGAAACACCGGCCCAUAUUCUGGCUAUGAGCCUUACUACAAGCAGCCGAAGAUCGAUCUCUCUCAUUUUCACGGGGAGGAUGUUGUUGGUUGGCUCACCAUGGCUGACCGCUAUUUGCAAAUCCACAGAGUUAUGCCGGCUGAGCGGGUUGCUACGGUUGCACUUCAUUUUGGGCCCGACGCCUCCAUUUGGAUGACAUCAUUCCAGAUGCGCAACCCGGCUACUGCAUGGGAAAGAUUUCACACGGCAUUGUUGGAACACUUCGGUGUUGGCAACGAUUCUGAUUAUUUGGCGGAUUUGACUCACAUCCAGCAACAUGGCUUCAUCAACGAGUUCAUAAGUGAGUUUACGAAGUUGUCAUGCCGUGCUGUUCAUUGGUCGGAAACUCAGCUCGUUCACAAUUUCUUGGGCGGUCUCCGGCCAGAUAUACGACAUGAUGUCAUGGCUUGGGAACCCAAAACCCUUUCUCGCGCUCAGCGACUGGCUCGCCGGUAUGAGGCCAAAUUCAACGACACUCGUCUGGCGCAAUUCAGACCUGUUAGGCACCAGUCGUGGUCCUCACACAACCGGUGGGACUCGUCUACAUCCUCCAGCUCAACCCCUGGUCCCACAGCCCAAAGACAACCAGCCACUACCAACCCUCUUGUCCCUACUUCCACUGGACCACCAACUACUGCCCAAGGACAACGACAAGCCCAUCCAGGCCAAAUUCGGCACUGGCUACCAAAGGAUCAAUAUGAACAGCGAGAAAAAGGACUGUGCUUCAUGUGUAAUGGCCCAUUUGGUGAGAACCAUGUCUGUCGACGCCCGUUUAUGGCCGUGUUUGAAACUGCCCAACCUGAGGUGGAUUCAGAGUUCCAGGACUGUUUGUCAGAAUUACCCAACCCAAACACUGACCCACAACCACCACAACCCCUGCCCCUCCACGCCAUUACUCUCACUAAGAAAACAGACAUGAUGCGAGUACGUGGUGAGAUCAAUGGUAGAUCAAUUGUGGUUUUUAUUGAUUGUGGCUCCGCCCUCAACUUCCUCCACCCACAUUUCGCUAGAGAGCUUCACCUCCCUAUUCAACCAAGCCCACCAGUGUCCCUCACCUCUGCCUCCGGCCACCUUCUAAAGCCGUGGGGUAUGGCACCAAAUGUACCAGUGCAGAUGGCCAAGUUUAUGUUCUUCAUUGUCGAAGGCAGAGGGUAUACAAUUCAGGGCAUCACAUCGGAAAUAUCUCUUUCGGAGUCUAGGGAUUUAUUGGCUCUGUUGCACUCUGAUCAGUUGGGCUUUAAGGGCCUCUUCAAAAUAGCUUCUACUGAGCCUAUUGAUAACGAGCCCAGUGAGCUGCGGGCUUUGUCGACUCACUUUGCUCAGCUAUUUGAACCACAUACUGGCUUACCUCCGAAACGCGAUAUUGAUCACCGCAUCUCUCUAGUUCCUCAUGCCAGUCCGGUGAAUGUGAUGCCAUAUAGCUAUGGUCACUCCCAAAAGAGUGAAUUGGAGUCACAAGUCCGGGAGAUGUUGGCAACCGGCAUAAUACGACGUAGCUCAAGUCCGUUUUCCUCACCGGUUUUAUUAGUGAAGAAGAGAGAUGGCAAUUGGCGAUUUUGCGUGGACUAUAGGCAAUUGAAUGCCGUGACUGUGAAAGACCGCUACCCUAUACCCAUUGUAGAUGAGCUUCUAGAUGAAUUGCACGUAGCCAAGUACUUUACGAAGCUUGAUCUUAGGUCGGGGUACCAUCAGCUUCGAAUGCAUGAGGAUGACAUCUCUAAGACUGCCUUUCGAACUCAUGAGGGGCAUUUUGAAUUCUUGGUCAUGCCAUUUGAAUUCUUGGGUCAAUUUUAG